AUGACAGAUCGGGACUUGUACACGGUUGGAUGGAUUUGUGCCAUCACCGCAGAACUCGUCGCAGCCUUGGCAUUUCUGGACGAGGAGCACGACCACCCGACAGACCUGGAUCCAAAUGACUUCAACAACUAUGCGCUUGGCAAGAUUUCCGGCCAUUACAUCGCAAUUGCUUGCCUACCCGACGGCGGAAAUGGAAUAGCUGCUGCUGCUGGCGCUGCGACUAAUCUAUUGCGAAGCUUUCCAAACAUCCGCUUUGGAUUAAUGGUCGGCACCGGAGGGGGUGCUCCAACAAGCCGUCACGAUAUCAGGCUCGGCGAUGUAGUUGUCAGUACUCCUGGAGAGGGCAAAGGAGGAGUUUUCCAAUACGAUUUCGGCAAAACCAUCCAGAACCAAUCUUUUGUUGAAACAGGCUUCUUGGAUCAGCCCCCACAGUUGCUACGAACAGCGGUAGCCGGGCUGAAGGCUUACUACGAAACGAAUGGCCAUAAGCUUACCGAAGAGGUCGACAAGGCUCUUCAAAGGAAGCCGCGACUACAAAAGGCAUACAGUCGUCCACAGACUGGCGAUAUACUGUAUAAGUCUGCCUAUACACACAUAUCUGCAUCAUCAGAAGAUUGCGAGGCAUGUGACGACGAUCCUUGCAACUAUAUACCACGACGUCCGAGAGAUGAGAACGACGACGAUCCUGCUAUUCAUUAUGGAUUGAUUGCUUCCGCCAAUCAACGGAUGGAAAAUGCAAUAAUUCGUGACAAAUUCGCAAUGGAAAAGGGCGUCUUAUGCUUUGAAAUGGAGGCAGCGGGACUGAUGAAUCAUUUCCCAUGUCUUGUCAUUCGUGGGAUAUGCGACUAUGCCGACACUCACACAAACGAUAAAUGGAAAGGAUACGCAUCCAUGAUGGCGGCGGCGUACGCGCGAGAUCUCAUCCGCCGACUUAUUCCUGGCCAAGUGCAGAAGGGGAAAACAGCAAAUGAGAUUUUACUCAGAGGUUUAACGGGCCAAGUGAGCGAGCUUACUCACAACACCGACAAGAUCGCCUAUAAACUUGAUCUCGCGAAACUGUCAAUCGCCGACGGCGCAGAGUAUGGUUCUUACGCGGACCAGCACGAAGAUGAAUGCCUUCAAGGAACUCGGACUAAGAUUCUUCAUGAUAUUGAAGAGUGGGCAACGUCAUUAUCGAGCAAAUGCAUAUUCUGGUUAAAUGGAAUGGCGGGCACUGGAAAAUCUACAAUAUCCAGAACGACAGCGAGAAGCCUCCGAGAAAACAACCUAUUGGGUGCCUCGUUCUUCUUCAAAAGGGGUGAGGCGGACCGCGGAAACGCUACACGUUUUUUCUCGACCAUCGCAUCACAGCUUCAAACUAAAAUCCCCGGAAUGGCCGAUCAUUUAAGAAAAGUCAUCGAAUCUGAACCUCAAAUAUCGACUAAAUCGCUGAAAGAGCAGUUUGAAAGACUGAUGCUUGAACCAAUAUCCUGCUUGAAGCCUGUUAAUAGCCAGCCUUCAAUCUUGGUGGUGGUGAUUGAUGCCUUGGAUGAGUGUGAUGAGAACAAAGAUGUCCAAACCAUACUUGAUCUGAUUCCGCGGCUACAAACAAGUAAAUGUAUAUCCUUUCGAGUAUUUAUCACCAGCCGCCCAGAACUACCAAUUCGACUUGGGUUCAAAGCGAUGGAAGAGGACGAUCAUCAGGACCUCAUCCUUCAUCAGAUCCCUGAAGCCGAUAUUGAAUACGACAUUCGUUUUUACCUACAACACAGAUUUUCUGAUAUUCGCAAAUCCAGGAUGCUACCACCAGAAUGGCCUGGUGAGACAAACAUCAACACUCUUGCCAAGAUCUCCAUUCCUUUAUUCAUUUUUGCCGCGACCAUGUGUCGUGUGUUUGAUGACCAUGACCUGGACCCCAAAAAAUGUUUGGAUGAGUAUCUGAAGUAUGAGGCGGAAGACUCCAAACUGGACGCGAUAUACCUGCCAGUGCUGAACCGAAUAUGUACGAAAUACAGUGACAGUGACAGACGCAAAGACCAAUUCAUCCAGGGUAUUAGGGAAGUGGUCAGUGCGAUCAUUCUUCUUCGAGAUCCAUUGCCAAUUGUCUCGCUCUCGAAACUCAUUGAUAUUCCCACUGCGGAAAUCAACUUAAGACUGAAUUCAUUGCACUCAGUCUUAAAUAUCCCUAAUGAUGAAACUUUGCCGAUUAGGCUCUUCCAUCUGUCAUUUCGUGACUUUUUAUUAGAUCCUCAAACUCCUACAAAAACGGCAAUCUGGACAGAUGAGGAAGCUACAAACCAUAAGCUAUUUAUUCAGUGUCUCAACAUCAUGAGCACUUGUUUGAAGCAGAAUAUCUGCAAUCUCUCAAGCUACUCUAUCAACCGCAAAGAUAUAACUAAUGAAAUCAUUAGCCAACAUUUAUCACAGCCGUUGGAGUAUUCGUGCCGUUAUUGGGCUGAGCACUUGAUCCGAGGUGAAGGCCGAACAGAGAAUCUCCAAUCUUUUCUGGAAAUGCACUUACUCCAUUGGAUGGAGGCAAUCACUAUUUUAGAUUCCGUACCAGGACUUAUUCUAGAUUUAAGAUAUCUGAAGGAGAUCGCACAGGAUAAUUAUGACCAUGAACUGUCAGAGCUCGUUCAUGACGCUAUACGAUACAUUCUCAGAAAUGAAGACAUAGUAAAGGAAGAACCCCUUCAACUUUACGUUUCGGGAUUACUAUUUGCCCCAACAUCAUCUGCAAUUAAACGACACUUCGGCCGAGAAUUGCCAGAUUUCAUCUCGAUGACACACAAUGUCGAUAGUUCCUGGGGCGCAGAAUUAGGAGUACUCCCAAGCUCUGAACAUCCCACCUGCGGGGCGCUUUCCCCAACUGAUUCAAUACUUGCAGCUGCGUAUAAGGAUUUGACGAUACGGCUCUGGAGCACUAUGACAGGCCAAUUCCUAAACUGGUGGAAGACCGGUGAAUCGACUGGUGAAUCGACUGGUGAAUCGACUGGUGAAUCGACUGGUGAAUCGACUGGUGAAUCGACUGGUGAAUCGACUGGUGAAUUAGGCCCGAUCCGAGCCAUUGCAUUCUCAUCAGACGGUAAAUUGCUUGUAUCCUGCUCUACCGGUCCAGGAAAACUACAGUUCUGGGAUACCGAACAUGGCACCUUGCAUAGCAACUUUGAUGAGGAUGUAGCUGAGGUUACGUCUCUGGUCUUUACUGAUAACAAUCGAGUGCUGGCGUCACCAUCUGAGAGUUGGGACUUUUUGACUUGGGAUCAUGCCACAGGUAUUCAGCACCACACGCUCGCAAAUCCUCUCUCGGAAAAUGCGUAUACGAAAUUUUCGCCCAACGGCUUGAUACUAGCAUGUCGUGAUUCUGGAGCGGUUAUAGAUCUCUGGGAUGUCAACACAAAUGAUUUGCAACAUACACUGGUGGGCCAUGCCAGCUUUAUUUUAUGUUUAAGUUUUUCUACAGACGGUCGAUUAUUAGCCUCCGGUGACGAAGAGGGCACCGUAAUUGUUUGGGAUACGACCUCAGGAGUUCAACGGGAGCACAUAAUGAAGCAUAUGGGACUGGUUCUUGAUAUAACUUUCUCACCGGGAGGGCAACUGCUGGCGUCAAUUCAUGGGCAUUUGGAUCCGGAAACAGAUAAAUAUGAAGACGAAAUUGCUGUUUGGGAUCUCAAAGGAUACAGUUUGACCCAAAUUUUGAGAGACCAAUAUGGAAGUACUCUUUUUAUUCUCUUUUAUCGACACGAUGAAACCCUGAUAUCUGCCGGCGGACCUAUUAGGCUCUGGGAUGCCACUGAUGUAUCACAAAAUCGACAACCACAUGAUUCUCGUGUCACAUCUAUCGUCUUUUCACUCGAUGGUCAGCUUCUAGCUACUGUGUGCCGUACUGGCAGAAUCCUCAUCUGGAAUGUGGCCAGUGAAAGCUCGAUUCAGAAUCUAGGGGACCGGUACAACGGUCACGUUUUGGCCUUUUCACCCUGCAAUACGAUGUUGGCAUUCAGUUCGUCCCCUCAAGUCAUCGAACUAUGGAAUAUCAACACAGAGGCCCAACAGUCUAGCAUUGAUGCCUUUGGUGAAGUCUAUUGUGUCGCCUUUUCGCCAGAUGCUCAACUAGUAGCAUGUCUGGUUGGCUAUCAAGACAUCAAGAUUUGGGAUAUCUCUACUCGUACAUUGAGUCUUACUAUACGCAAUUCAUAUUUCUAUCCGCCUAUUAACUCAAUUAGCCCCCAUGGCGUAGUGGCAUACGCCUGGAGGUCUUACGGUAUUUCCCCGGGUAUUCGUAAGGCAGUCGGUUCAAAUCCGGCUGGGGGACCCCACGCUAGCAGACUAACCAUCCUGCUUAUCAAAUGGUCAAAACGCCGCGACACUUGGGUCCUUGGGCCGGACCCAACGGCUGCUGCCCGAAGUCGAUAUAUAAUCGGGCCGUACCCUGCACGACAGCAGAGACCUAGCCUAACAGUAUUAAACUAA